AUGAAGCACAAGAAGAUGAACAAAUUUGCCGGAAGUUGUGGUCUGCCCAAUUCUGUCGAUGGGCUGCUCAGUUCCGACGGACGAUUGACUGUAGCCCGAGGUGGCAAUUCGGACAGCAGCGCCAGUACGCGA